AUGUUACACACCGCCGGAACCGCUAAUAAUGUCUUCGCUAAUAACAAGAGUAAUAACAAGAAACACAUGUAUAAGAAACGAUCGGUACGACAGCCGGGGCUCGUCCGGAGUCGGGGCCGCCAUCGGGUGCCCAACGCUCUCAAGUCUGACCAGAAGUAUACCAUUAACUACUCGUUUGACGACAACAGCAGCCACUCAUCGGUUAGCAAUAUUAGCGCCAAUUUUGACCGCAAUUUGCUGUCCAACUGGAGUUUCCCGCAACGGAUCCAUCAGUUUUACGCGACCAAAGGGAUCACCAAAUUGUUUGAUUGGCAGGUGGAGUGUCUUAACAUGGAUGGUGUGCUGGAGGGCCGGAAUCUGGUCUAUUCGGCGCCGACGAGUGCCGGCAAAACAAUGGUCUCCGAUAUACUGAUGUACAAGAAGUUGUUGGAACACAAGAAGAAGGCGAUCGUUAUAUUGCCCUUUGUUUCGGUCACUCAGGAGAAGGUGUUUACGUUGAAGCGUGUGCUGCGGGCGGUGGGCGUCAAUGUGGACGCCUUCGCGGGUGGUGUCAAUCCGCGCGGAGGUCUGGCCCGAGUCGAUGUGGCCGUCUGUACCAUCGAAAAGGCCAAUAAUAUGAUUAACAAACUCAUUGAAGACAAUAAACUGAGUGAAAUCGGUUUAAUAGUGGUCGACGAACUGCAUAUGAUUGGGAACAACAGUCGAGGCUUUCUUCUGGAACUACUGCUGACGAAAGUGUUGUAUUUGAAGAGCAAAAUGGGACACGAGAUACAGAUCGUGGGUAUGUCGGCAACGAUACCCAAUCUGGACGCCAUCGCCAAGUGGCUGAACGCCGCUCUCUAUGUGACUGACUUCCGUCCGGUGCCGCUGUACGAGAGGGUCAACAUCGGGGACGUUGUAUAUGACGCUAAAACGAUGACAGAAUACCGACGGCUCGACAUCAAAGACUACGAUAUCAAGAAGAGCGACGGCUCUGACGACUCGAAUCUCUUGUUUCUGGCCAUCGAAACACUGGUCAGUGGUUUGGGUUCAGUGGUGUUCUGCGCGACGAAAGCCCAGUGCGAGAAACUGUGCCGAACUCUGGCCUCAAACAUCUGGGAGUUGGGCUCCGGGAAGAAAGUGGCCAACAAAUCGACUCAAGACUUCAGAAACAAACUCAAAACUGCCAUUGAUUUCAAUAAAAUUGAACAAUUGUUACAACAGUUGCAGAAAUGUCCGGCCGGUGCCGACCCGGGCGUUGUGGCCAACCUUCGGUUCGGUGUGGCCUACCAUCACGCGGGACUAUCCAUUGACGAGCGCUGUAUCAUUGAACAGGCCUUUCGCGACGGAGUGAUUAAGAUAUUGUGCGCCACUUCCACGCUGUCGGCCGGUGUCAACCUUCCAGCGCGACUCGUUAUCAUCAGAUCGCCGCUCGAUUUCAAGAACUCUAUGAUGGAUGUGAUGUCUUACAGACAAAUGAUCGGUAGGGCUGGCCGUCAAGGGGUCGACACAAUGGGUGAGAGUAUACUCAUGUGUUCGGAAAGUAAUCGCGCGAAAGGCGAAGAACUACUCAAAUCAAGUCUGAGCCCAAUCUCUAGCUGUUUAAUGGGUAUUAAUCCCAUCGACGGUUCGCCCAUAUCUGACCAGUCGUUCGGCGGCAUUAAAAGAGCUAUUUUGGAGAUAAUCGCCAACGGAAUGGCCAACAAUUAUGAAGACGUCUCGCAGUACAUCCAGAAGUCAUUCUUGGCGUCCAUAUCGUCGAACGCCGUGACGGAGACCAUCAUAACAGACAUCAUCGCCUAUUUGGUGGACGAGAAGCUGAUCCACAGUAUGACCGACACCGACAGUCAGGACCGGAAGAUAACGCCCACUCAGUUUGGAAAAGCGGUUCUCGCGUCGGGUGUAUCGCCAAAAGACGGCGCUUUCAUUCUCAACGAACUAAACAAAGCCAAAGUAUCGCUGUGUCUGUCCACUGAUCUGCACCUCCUCUACGAAGUGACACCCAUUACAGUGAGCGGCCAAUUGGAGUCCAUUGAUUGGCAACACUUUCUCAAACUGUGGGACAAACUCGACGACGACAUGCGACGGGUGGGCAAACUGGUGGGCGUUUCCGAAAACACACUCUUCUCGUUCAUACGCAAGAGCGGGCUCUCCAACGAAGACCAGCUUCUAAUCCAUAAGCGCUUCUACGCGGCGCUCGCCCUCCACGACCUCUGCCACGAAGUGCCGCUCCGAGAGGUGGCCGCGAAGUACAAGUGCACUAAAGGUAUGCUCCAAUCGCUGCAACAGAACGCCAGCUCAUACGCCGGAAUGUUGACCACGUUUUGCAAUCGUCUCGGUUGGCACAGUCUAGAGGUGCUCAUCGAGCAGUUCCAGAGUCGGCUGUUCUUCGGCGUCCAACGGGAACUCAUAGAUCUGAUGCGUAUCACGAGUCUGAACGCGUGUGUGGCCCGAGUCCUCUAUAAUAACAAAUACGAUACAGUGGUCGCCGUCGCCAACGUUGACAACUACUCCGACAUAGAGCUGGCGCUCAUGAAUAGCGGUCCGUUUGAUAAGAGCAAAGCGGCCGACGCGUCGGUCGUGUGGUUACCGGCGCUCAACAAAGCCAUGAAUGUGCGCGAAAUGGCCAAAGCCAUGGUCUUUGAGGCCCGCGAACUCAUCAACAAAGAUCUCGGUAUUAAAGUGUAUGAUUUGAGUCAAAUAUCGAGCGACGGCAGCGCCAGUACAGGCGUCGGCGACCGCUGUCUCGAGGACUUUACCGACGAGUCAAACGACGCGCCGAACAAUAGGUUUACGAAACUCGUGUCACCAGUGAAACAGACUUUGAGUGAUACUAAAGAGAACGUGGAUUGUGUUGAACGCGAAGAGAGUGUUGAGGACAUGUCUUUUGUCGAGGAAUCGGCGCCAUCGGUGGCCACUAAUUGUGAUAAUAAUAAUAGCUGUGAUGUCAGCCGAUCUCAUCCGCAUAUUUCUGAACCGUUGCAGUCAAUGAUUGUGUCGCCGAUGGAUAACAUUAACACUUCUAGAAUUGACCAGGAAGAAUUGGACGCCAAUAAGCCGUCGACUUCGAAGAAUGUCAUGUCUUCGACACCAAUAGCUGCACACCAUAGCAGUCGGUCUUCGAGACUCAGGACAGUGUCUGAGAAACAGUCGGAAAACUCAUUUUUAGCCGAUUGUGAUAAACCAAAAGUUAACGAGGAAUCCAGUUUUGAUUUGGGCGACAGUUUAGACAACAUUUCUUGGGAUCGACUUAACUGUGAUCUCAACAAAAUCAAUGAAAGUCAUAACGAAUGCGAAAUGAAUAGCAUUCAUGAUAUCUCGAUGAAGAACUUGUCCACUAUUAGUACCGAUCUGUUGACCAAACGAUGUCAGAGUCCGGACACUUCGGGCGAUACGCUGAACAGUCGACAGUCAGAUCACUCGUCCAAACGAUCGUCGAGUCCGAGUCCUUCGGGCAAAAUGAUGGCCGAAAGACUGAACAAACGAUCGCAUUCUUCAGCGUCCGAUAUCUCUAAUGUUCUAUCGGACGACAGUUUUCCGCCAUUUUCUGACGACUCGUUGGACAACAAAUCGGAUGUUUCGACCAACAGUUCCGUUGUCACCAAAACUGUGUUCAAUGAAUUGAAAAUUGGCCACAAAUUCACUGUUUCCGCACUCGACUCCACAAACAUGUCGUCAAUCGAUGCCUUAUUAAACAAAUUGGUUGACAACAAGACGUUUUGUCUGCAUUUUAAGACUCAACCGAAGGCCACAGAAACGGUUCGAUUAAUCGGCUCUAAGAUUAAAGCGCUUAAGAAGAAUAACGCACCCGUUGUUAACGGACUUGAUAUGCGCUAUAAUAACACUGUUAUCACUGCUAUAAUGAUUGCCUUUGAGAGUGAAUCCAGUGUUUAUUAUGUGUCCACUGAUAAAGCGCUCAACAAAAUUAGAGAUCACUUCAGAACUAAACUCGGAAGCGAUUCAAAAGUGGUUACAUUUGAUGUCUGUUUGUGUUAUAAAGUGUUGAAACAUUGCUUCGGAUGUGAUCUUCAACUAUUGGAUUCAAUUGAUUGGUUUGACGUAAGGAUUGGUCACUGGAUUUUAGACCCGGAAUCCAAACGACCCGACAGUAUACAGGAGUUGGUGAAGAUAUACUGCGAAAACUAUAGCCUUUUAUUUGUUAAAUCAAAGAGCAAUUUGGAAACCGAUUGCAUAUCUACUGGUCUUAUGUUUCCAUUGGUUAACGCAUUGAUGAAUGAGUUGGAGGCGAAGAAGCAAUUGAAGGCAUUCAAGAGGACAGAGAUUCCGUCCCGUUUGGUGAUAGCGGACAUGGAGUUGAAUGGUAUGAUUGUGGACAAGGAUUACAUGACCAAACAGUUGGAUCUGUUGCGCGAAACGAAGCGACAAUUGGAGGCCAAAGCGUACGAGAUAUCAAACAUUAGAUUCAAACUCUCGAGUCCCACAGAAAUCGCCAAAGUUUUAUACGAAGACAUGAAUCUGUUGUCCAAUUACUACGGCGUCGUCAAGAAGAAUGUGACGGCAAAGGGCGGUGCGAACGCCCGGAGCGGCUCAAAAGUGGUUACAUUUGAUGUCUGUUUGUGUUAUAAAGUGUUGAAACAUUGCUUCGGAUGUGAUCUUCAACUAUUGGAUUCAAUUGAUUGGUUUGACGUAAGGAUUGGUCACUGGAUUUUAGACCCCGAAUCCAAACGGCCCGACAGUAUACAGGAGUUGGUGAAGAUAUACUGCGAAAACUAUAGCCUUUUAUUUGUUAAAUCAAAGAGCAAUUUGGAAACUGAUUGCAUAUCUACUGGUCUUAUGUUUCCAUUGGUUAACGCAUUGAUGAAUGAGUUGGAGUCGAAGAAGCAAUUGAAGGCAUUCAAGAGGACAGAGAUUCCGUCCCGUUUGGUGAUAGCAGACAUGGAGUUGAAUGGUAUGAUUGUGGACAAGGAUUACAUGACCAAACAGUUGGAUCUGUUGCGCGAAACGAAGCGGCAAUUGGAGGCCAAAGCGUACGAAAUAUCAAACAUUAAAUUCAAACUCUCGAGUCCCACAGAAAUCGCCAAAGUUUUAUACGAAGACAUGAAUCUGUUGUCCAAUUACUACGGCGUCGUCAAGAAGAAUGUGACGGCAAAGGGCGGUGCGAACGCCCGGAGCGGCCGAAAAUUGCCCAAACAUUUGAGUACAUCGAAAGUGGCGCUCAAGAAGUUAAUGUCUUUGACGACGAAUCCGUUGCCGCGAGUGAUACUCGACUGGCGACGAGUGGAAUACGCCAUCAAGACAUCCAUCAAACCGGUUAUGGAUUACGUUAGACUCGACAACGAUUUACAGUUGCAUAUAAUCAACGGUUUGUGCGACGAUUGGUCAUCGACUGGUAGAAUCUCAAUGCAUGAGCCGAACCUAAUCGGCAUUAAUAAAGAUUUCUCCGUCGACGACAUCGAUGUCGAAGACAACGGUUUCCAUCAAAGAGUCGACUUUAGUCUGCGAAAGUGUUUUAUCGCCCGAAACGGUUGGCAAUUGGUUUCGGCCGACUAUUCGCAGUUAGAGCUCAGAAUUCUGGCCCAUCUCUCCAAAGAUCGGCGACUGACACAAGUGCUCAACAGCGGCGGCGAUGUCUUCAAGAAUAUCGCUUCGGUUUGGAAGUCGAAAUCAGUGGACGACAUCACCGCCGAUGAGAGACAACAAUCGAAACAAAUCUGUUACGGAAUGAUAUACGGAAAGGGAGAGAAGUCAUUGGCCGAAGACCUGGAAGUGACCGAAGAGGAAGCGAAAGAGUUUAUGGAGACUUUUAUUAACCGCUACGAUGGCGUCAAGCGAUUUAUCUCUGAAACUAUCGACAACUGCCGCGAAUGUGGUUUUGUGGAAACGCUGAGCGGACGGCGCCGUUAUUUGCCGCACAUUCUCAGCGGUAACUCAGCGCUGAGGGCGAGGGCCGAGCGACAGGCCGUCAACUCGACAAUACAGGGCUCGGCGGCCGAUCUCGUGAAGACAGCGAUGGCCGCACUCCGGACGCGACUGUUGGCCGAGAGUGGCAUCGAUUGCCGAUUCAUUUUGCAAAUGCACGACGAGUUGAUGUACGAAGUGAUUGACACAUGUGUCGACCCGUUUGUCCACAUAAUGACCGAAUGUAUGGAAAAUUGUCGCAAAAACUUUUCGGUAGAACUGGCCGUCAGAGUGAAGACCGGUCCCAAUUGGGCUCAACUCCAGUACAUAGACUCACCGCACGAUUAA